AUGAUGAACCUGCGUAAUAAAGCCUUUGAUAACUAUCGCCGCACUAAGUCUGAUGUUCAUAAACGGUAUUACAAGGAUCUCAAAAAUUUGGUUGUGUCAAGUAUCUCCGCUAAGAAAUCUGCCUACUUUGAUCGUUUGAUAAACUCACAGGACUGCAGCAGUAAAAUGUUCUGGAAGAAUUUAAAACAAAAAAUUCUAGUGGAUCCUAGUAGAACCGAUCACCUUCCAGAACGUUUUGGCGAUCCUGACGUUAUUAACGCAUACUUCCUAAAUUUGCCUGGUUCCAGUGAAGUUCCUAUGUCGGAGUUCGAGAUGUUUUCGAGGGACAGAUUUGGUGAGGCGUUGUUUAAAUUGGAUACAGUCACGGAAGCUGCAGUGGCUACGUACAUUUUAAGUGUAAAGUCCAAUGCUGUUGGGUCGGAUUGUAUUAGUAGGGAGAUGAUCUUGCUUACCCUUCCUCGUACUUUAGGUGUUAUUACGAAUAUAAUAAAUAGAUCAAUCACGACGGGUACCGUCCCUAGCCAGCGGAAGCAAGCGCUGGUCACGCCACUUCCUAAGGUCAAUAAUCCUACCGAACUUAAAGAUCUGAGACCCAUAAGCAUCUUGCCAUUCCUGUCAAAGAUCCUUGAAAAGGCAGUUUAUUCUCAGCUAGUUAAAUUCGUUGAAGCUAAUAAUGUUCUUCCUGUUCUUCAGUCGGAAUUUCGUAAGGGCAGAGGCACUAUUACGGCCUUGUUGGAUGUGACGGACAACAUUCUCGCUGAACAGGACUCUGGUCGUGGUACUAUAUUGACGCUGCUAGAUUUCUCCCGUGCUUUCGACAGUAUCAAUAUUUCUCUGCUUCUUGCAAAAUUGACCUAUUACGGCUUGAAUGGUUCUGCAGUACAAUGGUUUGCGAGUUACUUUUGUGCUCGUUCGCAGGCAGUCAAAUUGUCUGUGAGUGACGGCUCCAAUGUGGUCUCGGAUUUUCUUCAGACGCGUAUGAACGAUGACCUUGAGAGAGUUGCUGAGUGGUCUGCUCGUAAUGCACUAAUUCUAAACCCGAUGAAGUCCAAGUUCAUUGUAUUUGGUAGCAAAAAGCAAAUCAGCAACAUCGUAGACAGAGAUCCACAUAUCGAGAUCGCGGGUAGUGAUGUGGCUCGAAACCGUGAGACCUCUGUUGGCGGGACAAAUUCAUCGCACUGUGGCCUUUACUGGAAGCUUCCGCUAUCAAGCAACGAAAUGUUGGAAUAA